CUCCGAGCUGCCGCGUUGUUUUCAGUGAUGUAGAGGAAAGGGACUGAGUUGCUCUUUAAUAAAACAGACCGAGGUGGGAUAGUUUGGGGUGUGUGGUCCUUCUGGAGCCCCUGGAUGUGUCGCUUUGCCGACACACUGCGUUGUUCGAGAACUAGCAAUUAACCCACGGUGGGUUGAAGGGAAGACGCGUUAUUUGAUGAACUCCCAGCUUUCUCUGACCCAUGACCCUGACACGAGGAUCCUUCACCUACUCAAAUGGCGAGGAGUACCACGGCGAAUGGAAAGAAGGUCUGCGUCAUGGCCUGGGUCAGCUGACCUUCAGCGACGGGACGUGCUACACCGGACAGUUUGAGAACGGCCUCUUCAACGGCUGUGGGAUGCUCGUCUUCCCUGACGGCUCCAGGUAUGAAGGUGAAUUUGUUCAGGGGAAGUUCCAAGGCGCCGGCGUGUUCACACGCUUCGACGGGAUGAGGUUUGAGGGCGAGUUUAAAAGCGGAUGUGUGGACGGCUACGGCGCGCUGACGUUUGUGGACGGAGGCCCCGGAGGUGGAGGUGGCGGCGGUGGCGGCGGCGGCCACGAGGGCCUGUUUGAGACCAACCAGCUGAUGAGGAGAGAGAACAGCCAGGGAGCUGUGCAGAAGGCGCAGGCAGCAGCCGCCAAGGCCCGAGCUCUGGCCAUGUGACCCGGACCACACUGCCACGGUGCCCCAGUACCCGGAUCAUCCUCCUCCCAUCACCCUCCUAUUGGUUUGAGCAGAUGAUUGUUAUUUAUGAAAAGAUUGAUUUCUUUUCUCCGGUUUUCUCCUCAUCCAGUUUUUCCACGUUAUCUCUCACACCUGUAACCUGCAGUAUUCUCUAGAGUACAAAUCAAUGGGCUCUAGUAAGUUGACAUAUGUCACAUAAAUCUCUUUUUUUUUUUGCACCCGAUUAGAAAGCCACUGAUUCAGGAUCAGCUGAGCCCAACCAGAUUUACUGCUCAGUUAACACACUGGUGCUAAAUCUGCUCCAGGGUCAGCUAGCCUGACGAAACGCAACUCUGGAUUCAAAAGUGCAUAUGGACAUUUUCCAGUGAACGCUGAUUUGGUGCUUUUCAUGUCAAAGAACGUGGAGACAUCAGGGUUUAAACUGGCUAAUCUUGGUUAAAAAGGUUGAAAGUUGUUUUUUUGGAAGUUUAGGCAGCGUUUUGGGUUCAGAAGUAUUUUUUUAAAAUCCGAAUCUCAGCGUUGACUCCACUUACCUCAUCUGAAUCCUUUCAAACCGCUGAUUGAAUUCCUUACCGUUCUAAUUAGACUCGGCUUUCGACAUUUGCAAGUAAUUAAAGUUAUAAAUAACUAAAACUUCAAGUCAAUUUAGACCUGUCACUAUGUUUUGUUGGUGAGAGGGAGGGAAAACUUUAGUGGCAGCCUAAUUAAUGUUAACUACUUGUAGCACCCCUGUACAACCCUAAAAUGAGAAGAAGAUAGAAAGUGUUGAUUAAAUGUGUCUGACACGUUGAAAUAACAGCUGUAGCCUACUUACUUUGCACAGCUUAUUAUUACAAGCUACUUGCUGCAACUUGUGCACGUCCAAAUUCAAAACUACUGGGGUAACAAGCUUUACUUUGUUGAUAUGCCGAUAUCCUCAGUAGAGAAGACUGCUGGUUUUGUCGGACUAUAAGAACACAGUGAUCGUGAUCGUGGGAUGACGUUAGAGGGUAAAGCUUCGCCGUCUAUGAAAUAAUUGACGGAGUACAGACACCGGCUUGCAGACAGCCCGAGAGCAUUAAUUAUGGCAUCAGCGUUAUUUAGCUGCAAUUGAUAUAAUCACGACGCCAGCGAUGUUUGUAAGCAGUUCCUCAGUGUCGCCGAAAAACAGAGACGCCUGCUAAUGUUGCCUGAGUGAUUCCUACAUUACUCUUUGCUAACAGAAAAGAGCCAUGAGAGACGAAGAGUUUGAUUCGAGAUUUGUCCCCGUCAGAGUUUAAGAGAACCUGGGUGCUCUCCCGACCAGACACUGGAUCCAAACUGGACCCAGCGUUCGGUGCCCGAUGUUGUUUACAUACAUUAUAAUCGU